GCGACAUCGGUCAGUUAUGGCAGAAGUGAGACAAGUGACAUUGAUAUCAGAUGGAGAGGUCUGAUAAAACUAGCAUUAUACAUUUACGUACGCAUUCUUGUGUAUCGUUCUGUCGGUUUAAAAUGAACUUCAAAGUUUCUCCUUAAGUUACAGUGUCCCUAAAUAGUACAGACAAAUCAAGAUAGGCAUAAGACAGCCGAGCAAGAGUCAGCACACGUGACGUAGAUGCUGCCAGGAGUAGAAGUGACUGUCUGGUUAGCGCUUCCAACACUGCUGCUAGCUGCCGAGGACCUGGACUCCAGCACCUGCCUCACCCUUGACCCAUUCGACAGCGCGCUGCCCCAGACCACACCCUCGCCCUACACCCUCUCUUGUAUCAAGACUGGGAAGAUCACGAACCAGGGACUCCAUCAUCUUCACCAUCAAGCACUGGACCGUGAGAGCGGGGUGUGGCCGUGGGCAUGUUUCGUGGACACAGGAGACGCCGACAUCACCGUCGUCAACUGUUUUGGUCGCUUUGAGAACACUGCGAUAGAAUUCGAUACAGAGCCGAAGACAGAAGCGCGCAUGAGAUGGAUGCCUGACUUUGACUACGCAGGCAACAUCACUUUCUUGGCCACAAUUGUCUGGGGAGAUAUUCUGGCUAAGAGAGAAGGGAGAUUCCAUAUCUGUAUACAACCCGUGGUAGUACUAUACAAAUUUUUGGUUAUUUUUGUAUCUUUUUCUUUACUGUAAGUCGUACUGUGUUAUUAUUGCAAACCUCUCUUUAACGCUAGGCGAAUUCUGUCAACACACAAUAAACAAGGAAGACAUUUUCUAAAAAUUAAAUAUUUCUAUGCUUGUGACGAAGAACAACAACAAAAUGAAACGCCAACAUUAAUUAUUUGUACACUUGGUAUUUGUUUUACUUACCAAAUUUUUUGAUUGUAAUGCUGGAUAGAAAUCAUUGAGAACUGUAUAUAAUCCAAAAUACUAAACAUAUAUAUUACUGUAUUAGGAAUAAUAUUAAGUAUUAAGUAUAUUACAGUAUUAAAUGUUGAAGCAAUGCAGUCUUGUUGUAGUUCACCGAGUGCUAUAUAAACGUUGUUUACAUAAGAUUUAUUUUUCAAUGUCUAAUAAACCAGAUUUCAAUAUGUUAAAACAUUCUUUUAAACAAAACC